ACAUUUGUAAUAUUACACUAAUCAUUAUAUCGCGCCGCGAACGAUAAAAAGAGUGCGCAGUCAGCCGGGCGUGCCAGUAGUAAAGAUGGUCGCUGCUAGCUUCACUCGGCCUGCGCAAUGGGGAACGGGCCGCGUAACGUCUCAUUGGCGCUCACUCUACUCUUUGGCCAUCGACUGCUUUUGCCUUGUAGCUCAGUUUGUUUUGGCUGUGGCGGGAAAAGGCAGCGCCCGUUAAAGGCUGAUAGAAGGGUCUGAGAAGCCGGACACAAGCCUUGACCCCCAGGGAUAUGUGGAGAGGUUACCUCUGAAAACAAAAAAGAAAUGUCUGUUGCCCCGAUGUGCUAUGAGGCGCAGUUUUUUGAAUUUACACCCCAGACCUGCAUACUCCGGUUGUAUAUAACAUUCCAAGACUAUUUAUUUGAAAUGCUUUUAGUUGUGGAAAAAGUCAUAUUGAAGAAGCUGGAGAGCAUCCCUGGCCAUAGGAUUAGUAAAUUCCAUAUCCGAGAGAGCACUGAAAAGUAUCUGCAGUUUGUAAAUGAACGCUUCAAUCACCUAUUCCAGAAAAUGGAAAAAUGUAUUUUAAGGCUGGUUUUGCAGGUGCCCAAGAAUAUUGUGUUGCCUGAAGAUAAGGUCCAUGGACAAUACCCAUACAGUGCAGAACAACUUAAACAGCUUCAAAAUGAAACCGAGCUGUUACAGAAGCAGUAUAAAGCUGAAACAUUUGCCACUCAGUCCCUUUUAGCGGAGUUGGAAGAGCAGAAAGCAGUCCAGGCUGAACUGGAAAAUGUCCUUGCUUGGUUUGAUGGCCUUGAUACAAUUUGCAGAGAGCAUGGAAACAUUGAUUUGAAAGAAAGCUUUGCCUUUAUGACUCAAACAUCCAAGAAGCUUCAAGGAACAAUGGAAGAAAUCAAUGAAAAAGUUAAACUGGAUUUAUCUUCUGUAACGCCAAUCAAUGUGAGAACAUGGAAAAAAGUCUGACUGUAUUUUAAAGACGUGUGUGUGCGUGUGUGU